UGGGCGGUCCGCCGGCGGCAGUGAUCGGGAUGAGUCCGGAAACCUCUCCCCUCCCGGUUGUGCAGGAAUGUGAAGCUCGCGCUACUUUCGGUGGUUAAUCUGCGGGCUGAUUCGCCGCGGAAAGGAGAGCGGUGGCGGCAGAGCGCUCGCUGCACCGGUCGGGAGCGCCUCGCCGCGCGGUCGGCGGCGAGUGUGGCGCACCAGCCAAGGCCGGCCGCCGCGCCACGCGGCACGCUGCCGGCGGACUCAGUGGCGCCGCGCGGUCCGACUCGUGCGCGUCGUGGAGGGGUGCGGUCGUGUGUUGCGAGUGAAUCUGGUGAAACUGUCGAAGCACGUGCCAAAGGAAGCUGGCUGGUGUCUGGUCUGUUCGUUGCCAGGACGGCAGUUGCGUGUGGUGUUUUUGUGGACCCAGCUGGCGCGCCGCUGCGGCGAGCGAAGCAGAAAACGCAGACGCGACUGCGUUACGCGCGGGAUUGAUCUGAGGGCGCUGAGAUACUUGUGCUGAUUGCUGAUAAACCGGCGGAGUUUGCGGCUGAGUGGAGUGGAGUGGAGUGGAGUGACUGAACACGGAACUGUCAUCUGACUGAGUGUCAGUGUUGUGCGUUGGUGCGGUGCUCUUGUUCCGGUAUCGUCCGAGCUGCUCCCACGAUGGACGCGCGCGGCCGCCGAGCGAGUCUGGACGCCGGAGGACCCAAGGAGCGGCGGCGCUCCAAAUCUCCGAGCCGCCUGCUGCAUAACCUGCUCGGCUCCUUCCACAAGAAGCUGCCGGAGAUGGCCGUGGAGGCUACCGAGACGCCGGUGCUGAGUCUGGGCGCCGGCACGCGACGCGCCAGCACCACCGCCGCGUCUCCGUCGACGGUGCGUCGCGCGAGUUCGCCGGCGGCUCCGAUCCACCGCGACCGACGCGUGUCGGCGCCGGACGCCGCGCUGCUGGCGUUACCGGGACGGCGCGAGCGGCGCCGAUCGUCGCCGGACCCGCUGCGCGAGCUCGAGCAGCUGCAGGAGAUGUUCGAGGAGGACCGCGCCGCCGACAUCAUGGCCGCCGCCGACUGCGGUGACGCCAACGGCGCGCCGCAGAUGAUCUCCAACGGGCGCGUGGUGCCGCAGCUCACCACCCACUGCUGGGAGCCGACACACGCGCCGCGGCUGAGAGUCACCACCACCACCUCGCUGCCGCUGGAGGGCACCUCGCCGCUCGGGGUGCCCGAGGUGCCCAGUAUCUGCGUGACGGACGCGUCGCCGCAGGUGUCGCCGCGCGUGCAGCGGCGCUCCAUUGAUGACGGCGACUCUGGGUUCGCGCACCAUAUGCGCGGCUCGGCCAGCUUCCCUGACGAUGUGGGAGAGGAAGGAGACCAGGAGUGGCUGCCGCCCGAUGACGGAUUCGAGGAGGAGGAGGAGACGACCGGCUCGGCGGCGCCGGCGACCAAGACAGACCAGAUGGCCCCGCCGGAGCAGGGCGGCGCCCGUCCGCGGGCCGGCACCUGGUCCCUGGGACACUCGCGCCACCUAUCUGGACCGCCAGGCAGUCGGCAGCGGCGGAAAUCGGGCGAUGACAUCGUCAAGCAGGCGGGCGGCGCCCCUCCGACGCCCACGGCGCCCUCCCCGGCGCCCACCGACUCGCCGAGCAAGAAGUCGUCGCUGCUGGACUCGUUCCGACCCCGCUCAAAGUCGGACGCGACACGCUCCAUGAGACGGCCCAACAUCAUCAGCUCCAUGAAGACAUCGAUUCAGCAGCACAGCAUUGUCGGCGCCGGUCCGCCGGCAGGGAAGGCGGUGCCGCCGGCGUCUCUGCCGACCUCUCCGCAGGCGGCGGACGCCCUGGAGCCCCCGCAGCGGCACCGGGCUCGCUCCGGCUCCGAGUCCUCCAAGUCGGCAAUGCGGAGCGUCAUCGACCGUCUGCGAGGCCGCUCCCAGUCGGUGGUCGAGUCGGACAAACGCAAGUUCGCGGUAAGUCCGCCGCGCGGCGCUGGCGUCGCCCUUUCUCUGGCUGUUGGGGGAGGGUGA